AUGUCCUGCCUCUCUUCUCGCCCGGGCGCCCCCUGUGGGGUCCGCGCCUUCAGCUGCGUCUCAGCCUGCGGGCCCCGGCCCGGCCGCUGCUGCAUCUCCGCCGCCCCCUACCGCGGCAUCUCCUGCUACCGCGGCCUCCCCGGGGGCUUCGGCAGCCACAGCGUCUGCGGGAGCUUCCGCGCUGGCUCCUGCGGUCGCAGCUUCGGGUACCGCUCAGGCGGCGUGUGCGGGCCCAGCCCACCCUGCAUCACCACCGUGUCGGUCAACGAGACCCUCCUCACGCCCCUCAACCUGGAGAUUGACCCCAACGCCCAGUGCGUCAAGCACGAGGAGAAGGAGCAGAUCAAGUGCCUCAACAGCAGGUUUGCCGCCUUCAUCGACAAGGUGCGCUUCCUGGAGCAGCAGAACAAGCUGCUGGAGACCAAGUGGCAGUUCUACCAGAACCGCCAGUGCUGUGAGAGCAACCUGGAGCCCCUGUUUGAGGGCUACGUGGAGACGCUGAGGCGGGAGGCCGAGUGUGUGGAGGCCGACAGUGGGAGGCUAGCAGCAGAGCUCAACCACGUGCAGGAGGUGCUGGAGGGCUACAAGAAGAAGUAUGAAGAAGAGGUGACGCUGAGGGCCACUGCUGAGAACGAAUUUGUAGUGCUAAAGAAGGACGUGGACUGUGCCUACCUGCGCAAAUCAGAUCUGGAGGCCAAUGUGGAGGCCCUGACCCAGGAGAUUGACUUCCUGAGGCGGCUGUAUGAGGAGGAGAUCCGCGUUCUCCACGCCCACAUCUCAGACACCUCAGUUGUCGUCAAGAUGGACAACAGCCGGGACUUGAACAUGGACUGCGUCAUUGCUGAGAUUAAGGCUCAAUACGACGAUAUUGCCAGCCGUAGCCGGGCCGAGGCCGAGUCCUGGUACCGCAGCAAGUGUGAGGAGAUGAAGGCCACGGUGAUCAGGCACGGGGAGACCCUGCGCCGCACCAAGGAGGAGAUCAACGAGCUGAACCGCAUGAUCCAGAGGCUGACGGCCGAGGUGGAGAACGCCAAGUGCCAGAACUCCAAGCUGGAGGCUGCCGUGACCCAGUCUGAGCAGCAGGGCGAGGCGGCCCUCAGUGACGCCCGCUGCAAGCUGGCAAGUCUGGAAGAGGCCCUGCAGAAGGCCAAGCAGGACAUGGCCUGCCUGCUCAAGGAGUACCAGGAGGUGAUGAACUCCAAGCUGGGCCUGGACAUCGAGAUCGCCACCUACAGGCGCCUGCUGGAGGGCGAGGAGCAGAGGUUGUGUGAAGGCGUUGGUGCUGUAAAUGUCUGUGUCAGCAGCUCCCGAGGUGGGGUUGUGUGCGGGGACCUCUGCGUGUCGGGCUCCCGGCCUGUGACCGGCAGCGUCUGCAGCGCCCCCUGCACCGGGAACCUGACGGUGAGCACCGGGAUGUGCGCGCCCUGCGGCCAGCCCUGUGGCAGCGGCCGGUCAGUGCGGUUCGCAUAGUGCCCGAACAGGUGAAAACGCCCCCUCGGACUAGCCCGCCACCUCCUCUGCCUUGAUGGGAGGAGGAAGGUUUUCAGGAACCAGCUGCCCACCUUACCAUCUUGCACCCUCCACCCACUUCCCCAGGGGAGGCUGGGCCCCUUGCUAGCAGCUCUCCCUCCUCCAAGUAUCUUCACAGCCCUAGGACAAAGGCCCAACCCCCGGCUGCUCUGGAGGCUUGGAUGCCUAUGGCUUCUGAGGGCUGGAUGAUCCCUUCGGUAUGGACUUGCUGUGUGGGGCCUCCCCUGCCUCUACACCCAGGAUGGUGACAGGCUCCCUCUCCCUCUGCUGGGUUUCUGUGUUUCCA